CCGUAACAUCCGUGUCAUACCCCGUGCGCGCGCUCCAUGGUGGAUAUCAGGCUUCUUUGCACCUGAAAGCCGUCCAGUCUUAGUGUUAGCACCGUCGUCUUGACUCUUCUCUGCUGCCAUGUCUUCAAGAUAGCCUUCUUCCUCCCAGCCCGCAAUGUCGAGCUCAAACAACGCCGCGCAGGGCAAUGACGCGCCCCGCCGUGAUGCCCCACCAUCACAACCACCGCCAGGAUAUACCGAGCAAAAUGCAGCAGGCCGUCCUAGUGAUGCUGCCGGGGGCGCAUCGCAGUCGAAUGCUACAUCACAAUCGGGGACCAAGCCAGAAGGUUCGGCGUAUGCGGGCGCCUACCGCCCGUCUGAAGCACCAGCACACACUGCCACCCCUUCAAACUCCCACCAUGCAUUCGAUCCCAAUCAAGUUCACGAGCAUGAGCCUGCGGCGCACGACCUGCCCCCACCCGCGUACACGGAGCUUCCUGGCCAGAUAUCGAGCGAGAACAACGACCUGGGCACAAAUGCAGUAGUUGCAGAAGACGGCCGAGUUAAUAUCCGCAUCGAUUCAAAGAGCCGCGCCCUCUCCCAGCUUAUCCUCCCGCAAAUCCAGCGCCAGCUCUCUCAAUCCCUACAUGAGCCCGCACCUCCUCCACCUUAUGUCCCCGAGUUCUUGGGCGGUGCGCCAGGGCAAGAACCACCACCGCCGCUGAAUGUUGUCAUACAAGUAGUGGGCUCGCGAGGCGAUGUACAGCCAUUUGUAGCGCUAGGCAAGGUGCUGAAGGAUACAUAUGGCCACCGCGUCCGAUUAGCAACACAUCCUACUUUCAAAGAUUUCGUCAUUGAGAAUGGACUCGAGUUCUUCAGUAUUGGUGGCGAUCCGGCCGAGCUCAUGGCAUUUAUGGUCAAGAACCCCGGCUUGAUGCCUGGCUUUGAUACGCUGCGUAGUGGAGACAUUGGGAAGAGGAGGAAAGGCAUUGCAGAGAUCCUACAAGGGACGUGGAGAUCGUGCAUUGAGACGGGUAACGGCCUCGGUGUGGAUCCUCUCCAGCAGACGGUGGAGGAGUGGAUGGGCAUUGAGGACCAAUUGCCCGAGCAGCUGCGGAAGCCCUUCGUUGCUGAUGCUAUCAUUGCGAACCCCCCAAGUUUUGGACACAUACAUUGUGCCGAGAAGUUGGGUAUUCCACUGCAUAUCAUGUUCACAAUGCCUUGGUCACCUACCCAGCAAUUCCCUCACCCACUUGCCAACAUCCAGUCGUCGAAUGCAGAUGCUACUAUCACAAACUACAUGUCCUACCUCAUGGUGGACGUGCUCACAUGGCAGGGCUUGGGCGAUGUUAUCAACAGGUUCCGCAAAGACAGCCUUCGCUUGGAUCCCAUUAGCGCCAUCUGGGCUCCGGCCAUGCUUGCACGCUUGAAAAUUCCAUUUACAUAUUGCUGGUCACCAGCCCUCAUUCCAAAACCAAGGGACUGGACCCAUCAUAUUUCUGUCGCUGGAUUCUACUUCCUCAACCUCGCCUCAAAUUACACUCCGGAUCCGGAUCUGGCAGCCUUCCUUGAUGCAGGGGAACCACCUGUAUACAUUGGCUUUGGCUCUAUCGUAGUAGAUGAUCCGAACGCGAUGACCGCAAUGAUCUUUGACGCCGUAAAAAGGACUAAUAAACGCGCCCUGGUGUCUAAAGGCUGGGGUGGUUUAGGCGCAGACGAGCUUGGGAAGCCUGAAGGUGUCUUUAUGCUCGGUAAUUGCCCCCACGACUGGCUUUUCAAACGCGUGUCUGCUGUGGUACAUCACGGCGGUGCUGGAACUACGGCGGCAGGUAUCGCGGCGGGAAAGCCCACAGUCGUUAUUCCCUUCUUUGGAGAUCAGGCUUUCUGGGGAGCAAUGGUCUCAAGAGCAGGUGCUGGGCCAGAUCCAAUCCCCUACAAAGACCUCACAGCUGAGAAGCUGGCUGGAGCUAUCAAUGAAGCUCUUAAGCCAGAGUCCCUUGACAAAGCGCAAGAGCUUUGCAAUAAGAUCAAACAAGAAGAUGGAUGUCAGAAAGGAGCUCAGUCCUUUCACCAGAUGCUCCACUACGACGAGAUGCGAUGUGCAGUUAUACCAAGCAAGCCGGCUGUCUGGAGGAUCAAGCGGACGCAGACCAAGUUGAGCGCCAAAGCAGCAACUGUGCUUGCACAGCAGGGUCAAGUCAACUUUUCUGAAUUGAAGCUAUUCCGGGCGCGAGAAUUUGUCCCAGAUGAAGGUCCUUGGGAUCCCGUUUCGGGUGCUGCAGGUGCUUUGAUGGGUACAGCGACGUCAAUGAUGAUGGGCGUUGCCGACAUGCCCAUCCAAACCCUGAAACUGCUUCAAAUUCACCCCGAUGCCAGGUCCCGGAAGGGUAAGGAGAAGGUUACAAGUACCGAGACCCUUUCAACCGGAGAAUCGAGCGGCACUAGUCGUCCGCGGACAGCGAGAACCACGACAAGUACUACAGAACCGUCUGCAGUGAGCGGCACCAGUACCCCAACAGCUACUCAAACCCAAAGCAAUUCCAACGAUUUAUCGCACACCCAAUCCAACAAUACAGGAAUGACCAGUCCAGGUACUCCUGGGACUCCUACACACAGAUCGACCUUCAUGUCUCAGGCGUUCGCAGAAUCUACAGAAGGUUCACGGUCUUCGUCGAGGGAGCGUGCCCGACAGCUCUCGCCUGAAGCUUCCGAGUCGGCUGAUAGCCACCGCCGCCGAGCUAGCUCAGUCUCAGCGGCAGAAUCAAAAGCCAAAAACCCACAACCAGGCUUGGCAGAAAGCGUUGAGUCGGCUAUGGACACUGGAAGAGGUCUGGCUCGGAUCAUCGGUGCCGCCUCUAGGUCGCCGAUGGACUUCUCCUUGAAUGUCGCCAAAGGAUUUCAUAAUGUGCCGAAGCUUUAUGGCGCAGAGGUCAGGCAGGUCGAUAAAGUCACCGAUUUGCAGAGCGGAUUGCGAACAGCUGCCAAGGAGUUUGGAUUUGGACUUUACGACGGGAUUACUGGCAUUGUGACUGAUCCUUACAAAGGAGCGAAAAAGGAAGGUGGCAUUGGCUUCGUCAAAGGAGUUGGUCGCGGUAUCAUGAGCGUUCCGUUCCGCGUCAUGGGCGGUGCAUGGUCGGUUCCGGGCUAUGCCAUGAAAGGCCUGUACCAGGAGAUGAUCAAGAGUAAGGGUAAGAGCGUGCAGAACUACAUCAUCGCGGCACGCAUUGCGCAAGGAUACGACGAAGCAUCGUCAAUCACUACGCAAGAAAGUGAUGACAUACUGAGUCGUUGGAAGUACGUCAAAGUUGGCAUCAAGAAGAAGAGAAACCCUGGUGCAGAGAAAAUGGACUCACUUCAGUCGCUCGUCGAAGAUAAAAAGAAGAGAAAGCUUGAGAGGUGGGAAAGGGUAAACUCACACUUGAAGCCAGAGGCCGAUCCUUCGUUCUCACCGAACACGAGCCAGCACCGCAGCUCUUCAGAUCUCCACCUCGAGCAUAGUGUAAGCCAUGACAGUGCUGCAACUGAGCCUGAGAUUCGCUCCACGAUUCCCAGCUGGCGUCAAAAAGAGGCCGCACGAGUGGCGUCCUUAAGGCCCCAGCAGCACGCAGCAACGUUUCCUCGUCCUGACACCGCCCGAUCCCAGCAAUCUCAGAUUGCUCUCGAAGCUCAACUCAUUGCUGAAGAGGAAGCCGAGCAACGCGAACUCGAGCGUGCAAUUACUGCUUCCGUUGCUGAGUCCUCGCGCGGCAAUCCCGAGGAUGACAGACUCAUUGCUUCCGCUAUACGCGCCUCAAUUGCAGAGCUCGAGCGUGCACCUCCAGAUGCGGGUGCAGAAGAUGAAGAAGAGCUUCUCAAGCGCGCAAUGCAGGCUAGUAUGGAAGAAGCGGGCAAAACCAAUCGUACGGAGGAAGAACAGAAGGCUCUCGAAGAGACACUACGGAAGAGUAUACUUGAAACAGGCCGAAGGAGGAUGCAUGGAAGCGACACCGAGUGGGAUGAAGAUAGUGACACGGAGGAGGAUGAGGAGUUCCAAAGGAUCAUCGCCGAGUCCAAGGAGCUCGCGCAUCUCCACGCCAACCACCCAGAGGAAUACCAGACUCACUCUGGUGCCCAAGAAAGUGGUGUCAUGGAGGCGAUGAGUCAGGCUAUUGGAGCCAAUUCCCAACCCCAGCCCCGUGGACAGCAAAGUGCGCAGUCGAAAAAUAAUGACGAUGACGAUGCAGAGCUGAAGAAAGUGCUUGAAGAGAGUGAGCAGGCGGAGAAGGAGCGCAUGGAGAAGUUAGAGAAGCAGAAGACAGAGGAAGAUAUCGUUAUGGAGUACGUGCGCAAGCAGAGCCUGCUCGAAGAAGAGCAUCGGCAGAGGGUGCUACAGGGGAGAGAUACAGUUGGGGAGAACAGCGGAUCCAGUAAGUGAGCAUGGUCUUAGCUUGGUUUCGUCAGUUUUUGAUACCCUGAUGAGCAAUCUAUAAUAUUCUCGUUUGAGUAUGUCUUGUAUCGUCCAAUUUCCCUUACCUACAGAGGCCCUUUCAUGAUUUCCGAUCAGAAAGGAACUAAGCUUAAUCAAAUAUCCCAAAACACUUCAAGCAACAUACAGAUCUACCCCCCUUAGAGCAAAACGAGUACACCACAUGGAUAGAUAGAAAGCCCCAAU